AUGCAGAGGCACCUGAUCCACCACAGCACCCUCAUUUUCCUCUCUCCCUUCUCACAUUUUUGUUCCCACCAUUUCCCUUCCCCUUCAAUCCGUCCCACAGCAAACUCCUCGCCUCUUCGCUGCACCGUGGGGGAGACGGCCGCCACAGCGACAGCAGCAGCGGCGCCGCCUCUCCUCCCCCCCCCCCCCCUGGGCCUACCAGACCUGCUCAGCCUCGACCUUGUUUCAAUCGCCCCUCCUCCCCAACCCCACCCUCCCACCUUCACUGCCAAUGCUCCUGCCGCCCACCCCGCCUCCUCCUCCUCUCCCUUUGACUCGCCCUUUGACGAGCCGCCGUUCCAAGCCAUUGCUGCCCCCGGCCCCUCUAGUGGUGCUGCUGCUCCGUAUGCCUUCAGCUCCUCAUACCAGCAACUGCAGUACCAGCAGCGACCACAGCAUGCGUAUGGUGGUGCAGGGGGGUAUGGCGGCAUGGGAGGUGGCAUGGGAGGAGGCAUGGGAGGAGGCAUGGGAGGGGGUAUGGGUGGUGGGAUGGGUGGUGGGAUGGGUGGUGAGAUGGGUGGGGGCAUAGGUGGGGGAAUGGGUGGUGCGUAUGGUACUGGUACAGUUGUGCAAGGAGGCCCGAGCAAGCCUGCUUCUUACGUGGUGCCCUGGGCUCGUGCUGCCCAAAGUUCCAGCCCCCAGCAACAGCAGAAUAACCAGCAGCAGAACUACCAGCAGCAGUAG